UUUCUGUUUCAAACAAAUACAAUGUAAAAAAAAGUAAAAUUAAUUCGAAAAACAAAAACACUCAUUCGGAGAUUUAUUGUAUUCAGUGACACGUAUUUUGAGAAGCAAUCAUGGCGGAUGUGUUAACAUUAUUGCGACAAUAUAAUAUCAACAAAAAGGACAUCAUAGAAAAGGAUGAUCAGGUUAUUUUCGGUGAAUUUGCGUGGCCUAAGAAUGUGAAAACCAACUAUGUUGCUUGGGGUACCGGCAAAGAUGGCAUCGCUAAGGAAUACUACACUUUGGAUUCGAUCCUGUUUCUUCUCAAAAAUGUGCAUUUGCAGCAUUUCAUGUAUGUCAAAGAGGCGGUUGCUAACAACUUGCAUGUCGUCCGUCGUCCUGACAGAAAAGAUUUGUUGGCCUACCUAAAUGGAGUAAUUGUAACAUCAGCCAAUAUUGACAAGAGUGCACCCCUGGAAAUUUCACAGAGACCCAUUCAGGUGAAACGGUCUGCAGAAGAGCAAGGAGGUGAGGGAGAGAAAAAGAAGAGUCGUCUGGAAGAGGAGCAGGUACAAGCUGCCAAACGAAACUGGAUUUCAAGAAUCUCUGGUGCCCGUGGAAUGUCCGGGCUGUCAGGUUUGGGAUCAUCAUCAUUACAUGAAGCUUUACCAUUAGAAAAAAUUGCUGCCAUCAAAGCUAAAGUUUUGGCCAUUAAAAGAACGAAAAUUAAAGGUGAUGAUGAUGUCCAGCCUGGGGCGUUAGAACAGAGAAGUUUCGUCGACGCUGAAGUUGAUGUCACUAGAGAUAUCGUCAGUCGAGAGCGUUUAUGGAGAACACGUACCACCAUUUUACAAAGUCACGGCAAACAAUUCGCUAAAAAUGUUUUCAGUAUUCUUCAAUCAAUCAAGGCUCGUGAAGAGGGAAGUCAUCGUCAUAGCAGCAGUCAUCACAGUUCAUCAGCUCAGUCGCACACUCCGGCAGUCCCAGUUAAGCCAAAACCAACUGGAGGUUACAGCAGAUACGACCAAGAAAUUUUCAGAAAAGAUGAAACAGAAGGUUUUAAGAUUGAUACCAUGGGAACUUACCACGGCUUGACACUUAAAUCUGUCACAGAAGGAGCAGCAGGUCUGAAACUUCCUCCAAGUUCGUCUCAGAAUAAUCCAACAUCUCAGUCAUUUUCUACUUCUCGUCCUAUCUCACAGGCUCGACCUCCACCUAACCAGAAAAAAGGCUCCAAGACACCUAUUAUUAUUAUCCCUGCUGCAGGAACCUCAUUAAUCACCAUGUACAAUGCUAAAGAUAUUCUCCAAGAUUUUAAAUUCGUUAGUACCGAAGAUAAAAGAGCCCAAGGUACGAAACGAGAUAAUGAAGUCUUGAUUCAACGACGUAAACCAGGGGGUUUAACUGUACCUUACAGAAUUAUAGACAAUCCGUUAAAAUUAAGCCCCGAUGAUUGGGAGAGAGUGGUAGCUGUGUUCGCUCAAGGUCCAGCCUGGCAGUUCAAAGGUUGGCCAUGGAGUGCAAAUCCAGUAGACAUUUUCUCAAAAAUCAAAGCGUUUCAUUUAAAAUGGGCAGAAACACCAUUAGAAGCUAAUAUCAAGAAAUGGGCAGUUCAUGUUAUCAACCUCGAUCGAAAUAAACGUCAUCUUGAUCGUGCUUCAGUUAAUGGAUUCUGGGAAAUUCUCGAUAGAUAUAUGUUAACAGCAAAACCACAUCUGCGAUUU